UCUUGUAUCGGAAAUCUAGAAUUUUCUUUUUUCCGUGGUAAUUCUGAUCUCCGUUUUUCCUCGAGUCGUCUCUCUCGUCUCUUACCCUCAGUGGAAAAUGAAUCCAGUUCUUCCAUAGAGGCAUCUCUGAAUAUGCCGUUUCGCGGCUUCCCUAUUCCCUUCUAUUUCCUUCGCGUCUUCUCUUCCUCCUCUCUCCACUGAACCGUACAGCUAUCUAUUUGGUUCCAUUUCUUCUGGAUUCAAUUGUUCAUUUUUGAUAUCGAUUCUUCUUUAUUCCCCCGUUUUGCCUGGUUAUUUUUCACGAUUUGCAUUUUUGGAUGACGCUUUGGUUGAGAAAGAUAAUUUUCCUGUUUUGAUCUGAGUUAUUCAUUCUUUUAGUUUGUUUAAUUCGUUGCACGAUCAUGGGAUCCUACAGAAGAGGGAAGCUUGGGUUUGAUGCUAUUCGUAGUUUCUCUUCAAGGAUUAUGCCCAAAACCCAAACUCCACAGCGCUGUGCUGGAUUUUGCCAAUCUGAAUACUUGACUCCUGCACGGAAAGGGGCUAACAGUUAUGGGUUUUCGUCUUAUUCUCUUGUAUCUCAUAGAUUAGGCUUACCAGGUGGAGUCAAUAGGAACUUGUCUAAUCCGUUUCUCGCCGGGGGCAGGAGAUUUUACUACGUGGAUCGGCACAAUGUGCAACAUUUCAAGCCCCGAGGACCUAGUCGCUGGUUUCAGGAUCCAAGAAAUGUCUUUAUUGUUGUGAUGGUUGGUUCAGGGCUUUUUAUAACUGUAUACUUUGGGAAUUUGGAAACCGUUCCUUAUACUAAGAGGACUCAUUUCAUUCUUAUGUCCAAAUCUUUGGAGAGGAGGCUUGGGGAGUCCCAGUUUGAGCAAAUGAAAGCAUCGUUUAAAGGCAAAAUAUUGCCUGCUAUACACCCAGAAAGCAUACGGGUAAGGAUGAUAGCUAAGGAAAUAAUUGAUGCAUUGCAGAGAGGUUUGAGGAAAGAGCAGGUUUGGAGUGAUUUGGGUUAUGCAUCAGAGCACACCACGGCUCAUGAAGCUAAUGUGCGUGGGACAUUGAAUGCAUUGUCAGAGACGGAAGGAGGGUUUGAAGGAAAAUGGUCCCGCGAGGAUGAGAUUCUUGAUGACAAGUGGAUUGAGCAGAGCAGAAAAAAGGGUGAGAAACGAGGUUCACAGGCUGCUACCUCGCAUUUGGAUGGAUUAAAUUGGGAGGUUUUAGUGGUGAAUGAACCUGUUGUUAAUGCUUUUUGCCUACCCGGGGGGAAGAUUGUUGUGUUUACUGGUCUACUUGAGCAUUUUAGAAGUGACGCGGAGAUAGCAACUAUUCUGGCACACGAGGUUGGCCAUGCUGUGGCUCGACACAGUGCUGAAGGGAUCACAAAAAAUCUGUGGGUUGCGAUUCUGCAAUUGAUACUCUAUCAAUUUGUCAUGCCUGAUGUUGUCAACACAAUGUCAGCUCUUUUCUUAAGGCUGCCUUUUUCAAGGAGGAUGGAAAUGGAAGCUGACUACAUUGGGUUGCUAUUAGUUGCUUCAGCCGGAUAUGAUCCCCGGGUGGCACCCACAGUCUAUGAGAAGUUGGGGAAAGUUACUGGGGAUUCAGCACUUAGAGAUUACCUCUCUACUCACCCAUCUGGAAAAAAGAGGGCACAAUUGCUGGCUCAAGCUCAGGUCAUGGAGGAAGCUCUAACUAUAUACAAGAAUGAAAGAGCAGGUCGUGGGGUUGAGGGUUUUUUAUAGGAAAGCACUUUCAUCAGUUGCUAGUACUAACUAGAGCGUAUAAUUGGAGGCUAGUCUUUUUUUCACCUGUUCUGCCAUUUUCUGUUCAGUGAUAGUUUCGUUUAAUCUGAAGAUUAACUUCUUCCAAUUGUCCAUUUCCAUAAUAAAUUGCAUGCCCAAGCAGGAGAACCAACUCAUUCAAAUAUUCCAUUCAGUGUCACAAUGUGAAACUUGAUAUCUCAUGUUAACAAGUCUCCAUUAAUCACUCCCCAUGGAAAGCCGCUGUCCCCACAGAGCUGUGCUUUAAGCCCCACAUUGAAUAGCAUGUGAUAUUCAAUGGAAUAUUUAAGUGGGUUUGUUUUUUCACCUCAAAGCUAGUUUUUGGGAUAGGGUUGCUCAUCUCGCAUAAGUACCCAUUAGUAUUUGUCAACCACAUCACCCCCUACUUUCACUUUGCUCAAUCUCCCAAAAGCAUACAGAGGAGAGCUAGAGAAGUAACAGGCGUGAAGGGAUGCAUCUUGGCCAUGAAACCUCGUGUUUCUUUGAACAUUGAGGUGUAUUCAACUUGUGAAUAUGAAUCAUGCAGACAUGUACUAGUGAUGCUUUCCUCCUUGGCUUUGCCGAUGGGAAAAGUUCCAUUAUAACCUGUAGUUAUCUGGCAUUCCCAGUUUCAAGUAUUUUUGUUCUGAUAUUCCUUAGCAAGGGUUUAUUAUUUAUUCCUCAUAGUUGUUAUUGCU